AUGUCCGCCGAAGAGCCCCCCAGAGUGCACUCUCCUCCCAGCCCGUCCAGCAAGCGACCAAAGGGAAUCCUCAAGAACUCCUUCCAUCGCUCUCCUCCCCAACAAGCAGCCAUCACCACACAACCCCCUCCACCGCCCGUCGAACGCCCAGGCAUCGAGCGCGACAUCUCCGAAAAAGACAUCACUCUGCAAAACACCCUCCAGAAUGCCGGCCAUAGACGCUCAUCCUCCGCGGCUCGACCCCCCGGAUCCCGCCGCCAGUCGAGCCACGGCUCGCUUUCACAGACCGCUGAAGAGCAGAAUAUGCGGUUGAAGUGGGACGAGGCGAACUUGUACCUUACAGAACAGGAGAAGAACUCUACGAUGAAGAUCGACGAGCCCAAGACGCCGUAUGCCAAGCAAUACGAUCCGACUGAAGACGAAGAGGAGCUCCGCAUGAUUGAUACCGACGAGAUUAUGGUUGAUGAACUAGAUAAGGCGAGAGCGGGAAUCAGCCCCGGCAAGGCAGCCAAGGCGAAGGAGGAUGAUAUUCCCGGCUUGAGUCUAGGUGAGCCCGAGGAGGACGUUCCCGAGCAGCGUCAUGAUUUAGAUGAGCAUGGACAUAAGAAAGCCGUUCAUGUCCGAGGCGAGGAGCACGUCGGAUUGAGUGCAGAGGAGCAGGAGAAGCACCGCAAGUUCGAGGAGAUGCGCAAAAAGCACUAUGAGAUGAAGAAUGUCGCGAAUCUGCUGGGCCACCCCGAGGAAUUGGACGAGCUGGAUGAUGAUGGUGAUGAUAACAUGAAUGGGAGUGCCAAGUAG